CUCAUCGGAAGAUCAGGUUUAUUAUACUUUAAUGAGAUUCGAUUUAAGCAAUUCAUUCACAAGUUACACGCCGAUAAAACCAGUUUAACUAAUGAUAGCUCAGUUUGCAAUUGUUUCGCAUGUCUCUGAUGAUGGAGAUCGCUAGUUGGAAAAGUAAAGUGUGGUAUAUAUUUAUAUUUGGCAGUGUACUGUUUUACGUACAUGCAGAAAGACACCCUGGCGAGUCAUUGUUUCUUCCAGAUGAGCGAACUUCUUUAGAUGACUGUCAUCUGCGUUACUACAAAUUCGGUACAUAUGGCAGGGGUGGAAUUGGCGGAUUUCCAGCAAAACAGUUCGAAUUCGCUCAUAUGGGUGCAAUCGGAUGGACCCAAGCAGAAGACGGCAAGACCCUGUGGAAGUGUGGAGGAUCUCUUAUUUGGAAUAACUUUGUUCUAACGGCGGCUCAUUGCGUGGUUGAUUCGCGGAAUGUCUCUCCGGAUGUGGUUCGGUUCGGAGAUUUGGAUAUUUUCUCCACGGCGGGUGAUGAGUUUGCUCAACAAAUAAAAAUAGAGGAAAUUAUUCGACAUACGGGUCAUAGGUUUGCGAGUCAUUACAACGAUGUGGCAUUACUACGAUUGGAGAGGAGUGUGCAAAUCAACGAAGCGGUAAUUCCAGCUUGUUUAUGGCUAGACGAAGAAGUGUGGUUCAAACGGGUACAUGCCACUGGAUGGGGUAAUGUUGGCUUUGUUGGAAAACAAUCACCGGUGUUGUUGAAGAUGGAGCUUUCUCCGAUGUCCCAUGACGCAUGUAGUAAGGUGUAUAAUAAUACUAGCACUAGGAAGCUAAGCCGGGGAUUAGUGGAUCAUCAUAUCUGCGCAUUUAGCCCCAAAGCAGACACAUGUGAGGGUGAUUCAGGUGGACCGCUUCAAGUCAAAUUAAUGCACAACAUGCGUGAAACCCCGUUCAUCAUCGGUGUCACCUCUUUUGGUUUGAUCUGUGGAACGUCGACCCCAGGUGUCUACACUCGUGUUGCCAGUUAUCAUAAAUGGAUUAUCGAGACCAUGCGAGAUCGCGGUGCAGCAGUCGAUGAGAACACAUUCAAUUCAACAAACUGCGUCCACAGGUAUGCCACUUACCGUGAAUUCUAUGAAGGAGUUGUGGUGAGCAAGGAAAAAAAUGGAAAUGUAGAAUUGAAUACUUUCAAUUAUAUGUUCGAAUGGCAACCGUCCAUACCGUGGGAACUGGCCAAACUCGGAUGGCCCACAGGUGAUGGUUCCAAUAAUUGUGUUGGAGUGAUCGUCGAUGAGAAUACGGUUCUAACGUUGGCGGAGUGUGUAAAAUUCGAUGGCGUUGCAGUUACUCAGAUAAUACACCCGACAGUAGUAAAUAUUUCGAAUAUUUACAUACAUCCAGAAUAUAAGGAAGGAUCGAGUUAUAACAAUAUUGCGGUUUUGAAGUUGGAAUCAUUAUUGCUCUUCGGUUAUGGAAUUGCGCCUACAUGUAUCUGGGUUGAAAAAGAGUGGCCCUUCGGUGAUGCUUUGGUACUUGGAUUUGGAAGGAAAGAUUUAGUUGAACCGCUGUAUCCUAAAGGAGAAAUCAUAAUUGAUCCCACUUACGGUUAUCUCUCCUUGACAAACAUGUUAAGAAAUAGCUCUUCUUGCAUGGUCGGUGAUCGCGAAAUGUCCAAGGUUCAACAUGGAAUAGCACAGGAGCAUGUAUGCGUAGGAUAUGAUUCUUAUAUUGUUCCAGAAAUGUGUAAUUUGGUUCACGGAGCGUCUGUUGAACAGUAUAUGAGUAGGAAUGAAAUUGAAUACACUUUUACUUUAGCUUUGUCCCAGUUUGGACGAGAUUGUGGCUUUGGAGAACACAUGAUCGCAACUCGUUUGGCCAGCCAUGUGGAAUGGCUGAAAACAAUUCUUAUACCAAACAGUCGGAGUUCCGCCAGCACGGUACAAUUUUUGGAUUACGAUCUUGUUGAAAACGACGAAUGUGAGGUUGACUCAGAUAUGCCAGGGAAAUGUGUCAAUAUUGCAGAAUGCUUGGAUUACUGGAAUCGGAUCGCCUUCGAUGGUAAAAUGAUAUUCUGUUCCAGCAAAAAUGUGAUUUGUUGUCCAACUAGUUUGCUCGAAAACAAAAAUACGAAACAUGAGGAGACAGAUUUAGAGCACUGUUCGAGUUUGCAACGUAACUUGAUGCCACAUGACAGGAAUGGAUCAUUAGUUCAAAUUGGAUUCGACAUAGAAGAGUGGUAUGAUUUUCGAUGCAUGGGAUCCAUAAUCACUGCACAACUUGUUUUGACUACGGCAAGUUGCCUUGGAGAUGAUGUCCCAGUGGUAGUACAACUAUCAGUCAAUGAAACGAUCGUCCCAAUAGAGUCGAUCAGUUUACACGAAGAUUAUAACACAACACACACAUAUGAUGACAUAGCUGUUAUUAGAUUGAUCGAACCACUAAUAUGGAACUCGUAUCUGUUUCCCAUAUGCCUUUGGACCAAUCAAUCGCAUACGCCUCUGGUUAUGAGAUUAAACUAUCUUGAUGAAGACGCAUUCACAUUUAGAUUCAUGAUGCCUCAGUACAACACGGACUGCCAACGGAUAAAUCCAUUCCAAUUGCAAAGAUCGCAACUGUGUGCUAGGGAACCAUACUUUACGAAUACGUGCGCCAGAGCUGGAGACGCGUUGCAAUCGGACGGCGAAGAUGGCACUUUCUAUUUGGUGGGAUUGGCCCAAUCUAGCGAUGAUUGUGAUUCUCAACAGUAUAUCACCUUGACAAGGGUUUCUAAGCAGCUGGAUUGGAUUAGGCAAACCCUGAAUCCGGAAUAUUGGAAUUUUUCUUCUUAACAUAAUAUUUUGCUCGUAAAAACGGUGUAGCAUCUUGCUUGUAGUAAAGAAAAAAUGUCAAUAAAUUUGAUAAAUUGGA